AUGGAGAGACGCAAGAAGGUUAACCAGAAGCCUGCUAUUAGUUCUACUGUGACUGAAUCCCCUUCGGUGAAAGGAUCAUGUGAGGAGGGGCUGACUGGUGUCGAAGAAGAACCGCCGGCUGUUGUGGAGGAGGUUUUCAAGGAUACCUUGGUGGAUUUUCCUGAUAUUGGGGGAAACAUCCCUUUGGAUGCGAAUAAGGGUAGUUCUGGAGUUAAGGAGUCUGGUGUGAAAUGGAGUGAUCAAGUAGAUAAUGAGAAUGAUUUUCAAAGUUUGGCCAAAGACAAAUGGGAUGAAGCUACUCGAGAUUUGGUGUUGGAAGCUGGAGUUGUCCAUUUCGAUAGGAAACCAGUUAUCUUGAGGCCGUGGUCUACUGAUCUUGAUGCUAUGAGGUUAGUGAAAUCUGUUCUUGUUUGGGUUAGAUUACCUGGACUUGGGCUGCAAUAUUGGGGUGUUAAGUGUUUGAGUGCCCUAGUGAGUACCAUUGGUAAUCCUAUACUAGUUGAUAAAGUUACUAAAGAUCGGUCCAUGAUGCAAUUUACUAGGGUGUUAGUGGAUGUUGAAAUAACAGAGGAGAAUAAGUUGAAGAAUUCUUAUAGUGCUCUGCAAGAUAGGAUUAUGGAGGUCACGAAUUUGGGAUUAUCUACAACAAGAGCAUUUCUUGAAACCAAGCUGUGUGGUAAUAAAAUGGAGGAGAUGAUGGCAAGUAACUUUGUUCUCUGGAAUUGUUAUACUGGUUCAGCUAGUGAAGGAAGAAUUCUUCUGGUUUGGCAGGCCAAUAUUGUGUCUGUUGAGGUUUUACAAGAAAGUGAUCAGUUUAUUCACACUUAUGUAAAAGAUUUGGGUUCGGAUAAAGAGUUCUCUUUUGAUUUUGAUGAUUGUCUUGGUGGUCGUGCUAUUACUAGUAUGGAAAUGGUUGAUGCUCAGAGAUGGCGAUCUCUUGGUUUGGUUGAUGAACUUCGUACUAGUGGUUCACAUUUCACUUGGAUGAAUAAGCAAGCUGCUGAGACUAGAAUCUAUUCCAAAUUGGAUCGUAUCUUUACAAAUGAAGCCUGGAUGGAUUUAUUUCCUCGAUCUGAAGCCUAUGUUAAUUGGGAUGUGCUUUCUGACCACUGCUUCAGAGAAACUGUUUUGCAGAGCUGGUCUAAGCCAAUAAAAGCUCAUGGUUUAGAGAGAAUAAUGAGGAAAUUGGUGAGACUUAAACAUGUCCUUCGCCAGUUUAACAGAAGGGAAAUUGGUGAUGUUGUUCACAAGUAUGCUAUAGCUAAGGGGAUCUACCAAUCUUCCCAAUGUCAGCUCCAAAAGGACCCUCAUUCAGCUGAUCUUCAAAGAGAGGAAAGGUCUGCUUUUGAGAUUUUUUCUAGCCAAUCUAGAUACUAUGAAAGCUAUCUUAGACAAAGAAGCAAGAUUAACUGGCUUCAGUUUGGUGAUGAUAACACUGCCUAUUUUCAUGCAUGUUUAAAACAGAGGAAGGCUACUAAUCGUAUCACCUCUUUUAUUGAUGAUGAUGGGCAGAUUAAUGAUAAAUUUGAGGAUGUAGUGGCUCAUUUUUUGAAUCAUUUUCAAAGUAUUAUGGGAAGUCAUAGUACAACUUCUGCUCCUAUUCAGAGAGAGUGUUUUAUUCAUGGAGGCAUUUUGUCUUUGGAUCAGCAGCUGAGUUUGAUGAAACCUUUCACCAAGAAGGACGUGGAAGCUGCUAUGUUCAGUAUUAAUUCGAUUAAAAGCUCGGGUCCUGAUGGAUAUGGUUCAGGUUUUUUCAAAGUAAUGUGGAAAGAUUUGGGAGAAGAAAUAUCUGAUGCCAUCUUGGGGUUUUUUGAUCAUGGAGUGCUUCCAGCUGAGCUUAAUAGUACAACACUCUCACUGAUUUCGAAAGUUGAUACUCCUACUAAGGCUGUGGAGUAUAGACCCAUAGCUUGUUGUAAUACUCUUUACAAGUGUAUUUCAAAAAUGCUAUGUGGUAGAUUGACUAAGGUUCUUUCUCUAUUAAUAAAUCAAAAUCAAGGAGCUUUUGUUAAGGAUAGAUUGUUGGCUCAUAACAUUCUCAUUUUUCAAGAUAUUAUUAAAGGUUACAAGAGGAAAAAUAUCUCCCCUAGAUAUGUGAUGAAAAUUGACCUUAGCAAAGUGUAUGAUACUAUAGAUUGGCAAUUUUUGGAGGACAUUCUUAAUGCUUACUGUUUUCCCAGUCGAUUUAUUCCCUGGGUUAUGAUCUAUUUGAAGGGUACAUCUUACACUAUUUUUAUGAAUGGUAGGUUACAAGGGAGCUUUAUUGGUAGAAAAGGUCUAAGACAAGGGGACCCUAUAUCUCCCUUACUGUUUGUUCUUGUCAUGGAAUACUUAACUCGACUUCUUAUUCAAGUUUCUUAUAGAAAGGAUUUCAGAUUUCAUCCUAAUUGUAAAAAGCUGAAGUUAGUUUGCCUUUGUUUUGCCGAUGAUUUGGUGCUGUUUUGUAAGGGAGCUUCUAGUUCGGUUAAGAUUAUCAAAGAGUGUUUCACAUCUUUUAGUCUUGCUUCUGGUUUAACAGCCAAUAUGGCUAAAUCUCAGGUUUAUGGUGGGGGUUUGACAGAGGAGGAUUCAAAGAAUAUUGUGACUAGGCUUCAAUUUGCUGAAGGAUCAUUUCCAUUAAAAUAUCUUGGAGUUCCUCUCAGGCCUACUAAAUGGAAGGCUGGAGACUGUGCCUUAAUCAUAAAAAAGAUUCACCCAAAGCUUCACUCCUGGUUUUUAUGGGGGACUAAUGACAGUAAUAGUUACAGAAGCAAAAUGCAUUUCACUGCUUGGGACCAGGUUUGCUUGCCUAAGAGUUUGGGUGGUAUUGGGUUUAAGGAAGGGUCCAAAUGGAGUAGAGUGUUGUUAGCUAAGUUCCUUUGGGCUAUUACCUCUAAACAAGAUAUCCUCUGGGUGAAAUGGGUGGAUGCCAUUUAUCUCAAGGGGCAGAAUUUUUGGGAGUAUAAGAUCAAAAAUGAUGUGAGCUGGUAUUGGAGAAAGCUGGUCAAUUUGAAAUCUAUUUUCUCUCUUGGUGAUCUGGAGGAUGCAGUAAAGAAUAGUAAAAUUAAUCUGAGAAGGCUCUAUGUUCAGCUGCUAAAUAAGGAGAGAGUUCAUUUUGCUAAUGUAGUUUGGUGUAACUUGGAAGUUCCCAAGCACAUGUUUAUUUUAUGGCAAGAUACUCUUGGACACUUACUCACCCGAGAUAAGCUUGUUCACUGCCAUAUGAAUAUUGAUUCCUUACUGUGUCCGAUUUGUGAGCUGGAGCAGGAAACUCAUGCCCAUCUGUUUUUUGAUUGUCUAUUUUCUCAACAAGUUAGAUCAAAAGUUACUUCUUGGCUGGGAAAUGAUAUUUGGCUAAUUAAGUAUGAAGAUUGGUCCAAUUGGAUGAUUGGGAGACCUAAAGGUCUUAAGCAAAAAAUAGCAGCAGCAGCACUGGCUGCUUAA